UUCAGCGCGCCGUCCACUAGGACCGUGGGUCGGAACAUGCCAGGCUGAAGAGCACUUCGCAUUCCUCAUAUAUGCAAUUCUGCCCUCCGCCCUCUCAAAGACGACACCCACGUCAUUCUGCGAUAAUGGCGAUCCCUUCCCAUUCCACAUCAACGAUGCCAGGGUUGAGCGAGGUCCUUGAGCGUAUUGGCCUUUCAACGUAUCUUCCAGUACUAUCCGAGAACGGAUUUCGCAAUUGGGAAACAGUUGUCGACAUCACUGAGGACGACCUCACCGCACUGAAUUUCAAGCUCGGCCAUCGUCGAGCGCUGCAGCGAGAGAUUGCUACUUGGCGUGGAGUACCACAAACACUGUCGCUGGACCCAGAUGCCGCAUCGCCCGAGCCUACUCCUAUAUCAACAUCUGCGUUGGAAACAUUAGCACGACAGCAUUCCACACCGCCAUCACGAGAGAAGAGGAGAUACAGGCGUCACCCUCGAGCAGAUUCCCACGCACCCAAGAAGCCAAAGACAGCCUACGUGAACUUUGCCGACCAGUUGCGUACUGACCCUCAGGUCAGCCAGUUAUCCUUCGUACACAUUGCCAGAGAGGUCGGCCGGAGAUGGCAAGAGCUUCUGCCUGAGCAGAAGCGGGUCUGGGAGAGCAAUGCUGCGCGCGCCAUGCAGGAGUUUGAGUCUCAGAUGGACGAGUACAAGAAUACUAGUGAGUGGCGGAAGUACCAGACGUAUCUGAACGACUUCAAGGCCCAGCAAGCGCAGGCAACCACCGGCAAGCGGCCUGCCAUCGGCCGAGCGAUGUCUCACAGUACCAGGGAGCAGUCACAGGCAAGCCCAGAGACGCAAACGCCAGAAAGUCCCGGAUCGUCGAUACCGUCGUCUGUGUCGUCAUCUGGGACUGACGCUGAAGUGUGCCACAACGCCCUGACCCUUGCGUUCAGUGAGCUCAUCUCCUUGCGAGGGGAGAUCCUGACUCAAGCCAUACGACCCUAUGAUGAGCACCAUCUGCCGUCCGAGGAACUAGCGAGACGAUCUAUGUACGCAUUCAUCAGAGGUACGGGGUCGUUGGUGUUCAUGUUGAGCUACAAGCAGGCAAAUGAGAUCCUCGACCGCAUCUACAGACCCAAGGGUAACAUCGAUGCCAUGGACCUGGCGGAAUGCUUUACUAUCGCUGCUAUGGGUGCUCACUACGACAUGGAAUCCUUCCCCGACCGCAUACGAAGAGUUCUUUAUGCUUCUGGUACCCUUCAUUUUCACGAGAGGACUGCGAGGACAGACUACAUGCGCACCAUGCGUCUGCUGCUGUUCAUGUCUUUCUACGCACUUCUCGAGAAACACAUGAGCGCGAGGUAUCUGAUCGCUGCCGGCUUGCAGAUUGCUCGUUGGAAAUGCCCACCCAUGUACCGUACACCCACGGGCGCCAUGGAUGAUAACUGGCGUAAGAUCUACAGGAGUCUCAUCUUCAUGGACAGUUGGCUUUCGUACACAUUGGGCUACAGCUCAGAUGCUACUCUGCAAGACAUCCAAAAUGUCUGCACUACUGGAUCCCUGGCAUCAGAAACGAUUGACGAACUCAUCCAUGUUCAGACUAGCAAGAUCGGCCUGGUCGCAGCCGAGAUAGCGAAGACGUUGGCUGCACCCGAGCUAGCCACCCGCGAGAACGUGCACAUGCUUACGCAGAAGUUGGAGAUGUGGCGCAAUGAGGUGCCGCUGAUACUGCAGCUCCCUACACUCACCUCGGCAGGGCCAUCUGAGCUAUCGUUGUAUCAGAGGCGGGCCAUUCUCAUGGUGCAUAUCAUGUAUCUAGGUGCUGUCAUCCUCAUCUACCGCCAGUUGCUGGUUGCCACUGCGGAGAGCCAGCUUACAGACGGCGCUGCGAACAGCCUCACCUACUCUAGCGAAGAUGCACGAGUGUUCCGAAACGAAUGCGCCAUCGCUUCUCAGACCAUCGCACGAAUCCUACGGUUGAUUGCCUUUGACGGCACGCUGACUAGGCGUUGCUGGCUGAUUAUCUACUGGGCAUUCACAGCCGCCGUUGUCCUGCUCCACAGUGCGUCGACAAAACUCCUCGAUGGCCAGUCCGAGAGCGUCGAGAGCGACCUUGGGUUCGCCAGGGACUGUAUGGACAUGCUCGAGCCUUGCCGGGGUGUCGAACCCAUUGCAGCCAAGUACCUCGACACUCUCUGGCCACUGUACGACUCCCUGCGCGACGUGCACCAGCGCAUGGUUGGUCGCGCAAAGACGAGCAUCUUCUCUCUCCUACAGGCCGACCCUAACCGGAUGAGUCCUCCCCUCGCUGUUUCGAAACACGAAAUGGGCCCAAUCUCCGAGAAGCUCUCAACAUUGCUCACCGAUCCUUUUGGUCGCAAGCAGAACUUUACUGCUGAUGGGAGUAUGCGGCGCCUGCUGAAUGCCGACGGUUCUUGUUCUGUGUUCUGGUGGAGAUGAACUUGGAGGGUUUGUCAGUGAAUCGCGUUUCCAACACCCAAUGAUACACGACGGCGCUCUUGCAACCGCAGAUGAACCGCCUACGCGGACUUGCAUCACCACCUGUGCAGCGGAUGGUGACUCGUGGGAGUGAGAACAUCGCCCGCGGUGUUGCUAACCCUAGCAGUUUCUUAUCGACCG